UCUAUCUCAAGAUCUGUCGGUCUCGAGCCAUAUCUCCACCAGAACACAUCCUAUCCUCAGUCACUCUGAUUCUUACUCACUACUUCAUACUCACUCACUCCACCCCCACUGAAUCCUCCCGAUCGACGAUCUACAAUCAACCGCCAGCCUUCAGUCAUCAUGAUCGGUCGACUUGGUCAUUACGCUUUUGAUGCCGUCUUGCUCUCUGCCUUUUUGGCGGGCGUCAAGCGCUCCACUGGUCUUACCCCCAGUCUACAAUCCGACAAAAUCACCGAUAACAAGGACUUUAAGAAGUGGAUCGAUAGCUACCUUGGUGUGGGCGAGUGGGUGAUGGAUCAGUCUGUUGCUGUUCUGGGUACUUCCAGCUUUUUUGAGCGCAAGCGGUGAGAGUGCGCUGUCACAACAUGGUCCUCUCCGUCUGCGACUGCCGUUGGAUGUCUUUUCUUUCGACUGGAAUUGGCUUGGUCUAGUCUGUCGGAGAUCUCGAUCUUAUACAGGGCGAACAUGCUAGGCUAGAGGUCAGUUCUCGACUGUCAGCUAGCUGUUCAUGAUUGAUGACUGUUUUUUAUUUUUCAUUCCCUCUUUUUGUCUGUACUUUUGUUUCCAUUCUCGGGUUCAUCUCAUUCACCCACCAUUCUGAUCUCUAUAUCCUUCAUGAUACUGCUUUUUUGAUCCCGAGUUUCACCAACAAUGGCGUUAGACAUGGGUUUUUCUUCUUUUUUUCACCCUUUUUUGCUAGUGCACUUACUGCAUGCCUGGAUCUUCUUCCCAGAAGACUCUCAGCGAAUGUCUCUCUUCUAGCACAUUCGCAUGUACAUACAUAAGUAUGCCAGUCAGUCAAGCCAAGUCAAGUCAAGCAAGGACAUAACACACUCCA